AUGGCGGCCGAGGGCAAGAAGAUUAGUAGCGCAUCCCUGUUGGACCUCAAGGCCGAGUUGGCGCGGCAGCAGCAGCUGGUGCGACAGGAACGAGCCAACCCGGAGCUGCGCAAUGAGCGCUUGGCCCGUGAGCGGACCAAGCACACCACAAGCUGGCUCAAAACCAACAAGGGUGUGACUGAGCGCGGCUAUCAAGACCUUAUUCAGCAGGCACAUGACACAAAGACGCUUGCGCGCGCAGAAGCCGCCCUCAAGGCCAAGGCAGCGCUGUAUGAGCGCAUGAGCACCGGGAAUAUUGAGAGCAUGAUCCAUGGGCCCAUAUCCAACUGUACCGUGGCACUCACUCACUGGCUACAUGCACGACUGGAACACAGCUACCAAGACGCUGAGGGGGGCUCUGGUCACGAGGACGGCCGUGCAAGCGACGGAGAAGAUGCAGAGGAUAGCUAUGCCUCCGAGGCAGCGCGCGCUUACCAAGAAGAGAUGGUCGAGUACAAGGAUGAAUUUGGUCGGACACGACAGUGCAUGCGCAAGGAUCUGCCAGACGACGUGCACGACCGCAUUCAAGGCUUCCGAGGCUACCGGGGCAAUUUUGUUGCAGGCGGGUCGGCAGGACAAUCCACCUACAGCCGCUCAGGAACGGCGCCCGAGCUCAUGAGCGCUGACAUGCGCCGCGAAGCAGAGCGUGAAGCCUGGACCGCCGAUGCCACAUCGGCUGUCACAUCUCGUGCCUCGAAAACUUCUUCAUAUCGACGUACUGCUUUGCAGGAAAUUCAUCGUGGACCAGUUCACUACGAAACUGUACGCCAGGAGGAGAUUCGCAACCUUGGUACCGCCUAUUUUCGUUUCUCUGCCAACGAGGAGGAGCGCAAGCGCCAAAUGGAAUCGCUUGAUCGUCUACGUGAGCAGACCCUGAAAGGGCGAAACACGCGCGAGAAGGUGGCUGAGCGUCGCAAAGCCAAAAUGCAAGAGCGCUUGGCGAAGAUUCGGCGCAAGAAAGGAUUGCCAGUUGAUGAGGCGUUGAAUUCCAAGCCAGACACACCAGAGGCAUCAACGACAGGCACCGAGGAGCAAGAGGAGGAGAUUGAUCUUUUCCUCGACCACAUGGCUGAGCAGGCCAAGAUUUUGGCUGAUGCUGAGCAAGAAGCCAAAAAGACCAAGCGCCUUUAG